AUGGCUACAGACCAGAACUUCUCAGGGGGUCAGGAGAAACCCCAAGGCAGCCCGGAGACAGAGCUGCCACGGUCUGCUCUGUUGCAAGGAGCCCUUGACGGGACACAAGACGACGACUGUGAGACGUGGCACCUGAGCUUCAGGGCUUUCACCAGCUCGGAGACGUCAGACCCCCUUGAGGACCUGAGGAGGCUUGGUGAGCUCUGCUACCUGUGGCUGCGGCCAGACCUUCAUACCAAGGAGCAGAUCCUGGACGCGCUGGUGCUGGAGCAGUUCCUGAUCUCCAUGCCCCCGGAGCUUCAGGUCCUAGUCAAGGAAAGUGGUAUGCGGAGCUGCAAGGACUUGAGGGACCUGCUGAGAAGCAACAAGACCCCCAAGACAUGGACCAUAGUCACCUUACAAGGACAGGAAUUUCUUGUACGAAGUUCAGAUGCUCAGAUGGCUGGAGCAGAGGUCAGUGACAUGGACCUUGUGGCAGACUUGUCCAAGAAGCCCCGAUCUUCUGUGAGUGAGACACAUCCAGAGGACAGCGAGAAGGUCAGCAGAGAGCUGCAGAAUCUGCCAGGAGUCAACGAGCCGUCAGCCGGGCAGGCACAGAACGUUCUCCUGCUGGAGACCAUUCCUAGAAAAGGUGUGCAGGAGAAUCUGAGACCCAAGGGGAACCUGAAGGAGAAUCUGAUGGAAGAUCUGGAAGAGAGGACAAUACUGAAGUUCCAAGAGCCUCAGCUUCUGGAAGGUUCUGCCACGGAACAGACACCAAUGGGACAGACACCAACCGUGUGCAGCAUCUGUAAGAAAGGGUUUCGUUAUAAAUCUCAGUUUCGCAUUCACUGGAGGACACACACGGGAGAGAGGCCAUUCAGAUGCGAUUCCUGCGCGGGGACGUUCACGCAGCCUUCAGACCUCCGCGUGCACCGGCGAAUCCACACUGGGGAGAAGCCCUACUCCUGCGAGCUCUGCCACCGGACCUUCACCCACGACUCCACCCUUCGGAGCCACCGCCGGGUCCACACCAAGGAGAAGCCUUACGCAUGUGCGGACUGCGGGAAAGCUUUCAGCCACAAGGGGAACCUCAACGUCCACCUUCGCACCCACUCUGGGUUGAAACCCUACACGUGUCCCGAGUGCCACGGCACCUUUCGUCAGCUGGGAACUUUCAAACGCCACCAAAAAACCCACAUGAAGUGA